AUGUCGCGGUCCUCUGCCCCUUUCCCAGUCCUCGCCGCCCGGCUGCAGAAGGACCCGGCACGUCGACACAUGAGCAACGCGCAGAAGAAGAAGCAGUCCCAGGGUGAGGCGGGUGGGUUGGGCGGCUUGCGUGACCAUUCAUGUGGCCAUCGGCGGCUGUUCUCUGUCUGCUCUGUAGCCAAGUCGCGUGCUGUCCGCGAAGCUGAGGCCGAGAAGCUGGCGGCACAACAGUGGGCGGAGAUAGACAAGAUCGCGGAGGCGUCAGUGGACCUCAAGGAGACGCGGGAGAGGUGGCGGGAGAUCGACCAGAUCAAGACGGCCGCCAACAUGAGCAUGAAGGAAAAGGGCGAGGCGUUCAAGCGUCUCAAUAGCGGCACCCAUCUCACCGACGAAAUGAUACAAGAUAUCAUCAAGUUCUUCGUCGGUACAGAACCAUCAGUCAGUCAGUCCAUCCAUCCAUCCAUCCGUGUGUCAUGCCUGUGUUUCUUCAUCGUGUGUGUGCUGUUCGCAGGGUGUGAGCACCUCUCCCCGUUCAAGAAGCAGCAGCUCAAGGCGGCACCCUGACCUGGCCGGCAAGGUCAGGAGAUACACACACCUCACCCCCCACACACACCACGCCAGGUGUAACUCACCGCUGCUGCUGGUGUUGGUGCCGGGAGGGCACGCAUAUGGGUGUGGUUUACCCUGCACACACCGGGGUUGUCUGUGUCUCUGUCGAUUUCAUUCACUCAGGCCGUCGAGCAGAUUGACACCAGAUGGAUGCCCAAGCACGGCCUGCAGGCCGUGACGAAGGACAGCGCCACUGAAGCCUCUAUCGUCGCCUCGCCCACCACUCCGCCUCAGCCCGCCGACACAGCAGCAUUGCUGCCUACAUUUCUUAUCCCAUUGUCUGUGUUCUUUCCUGUAUCCAUUUCUGUUUGUCGCAGUUAGUUGUUGGGGCACCACACGGAUGGCUGUCCAAGAUCUCCUUAGGGAGAAGGGCAUCGGGAUGGCGACCCACAAUGUGUGAUCACGACGAAAAGAUGUCACGCAGCCACACACGCACCUGCGAUGUCAUUCUGUUGCGGUUGCAGGCUGCGCCUUUUGCUCUUGGUCCGGGACUCUCAACUUUGGGAACUGAUGGCCGGGUGGACAGAUGUAUGCGUGUAUGGCUGCUGGCAGUAGACGUGAGGGAACUCAGCCAAAGGAUGGAAAGAUUGCGGACGAGAAGACAAGUGUGUGUACGAUAAGGGAAAGGGAAUUAAGGGGGAGCGUCGGUCUUCUCUCGUGUUUUGCCGUGGGGGGCCGUCAGACAGACGAGCAGUCGCCACUGCUGCUGUCGCGAACAGCCCGCGGUGUCUCCGAUGGCGGUCGUACGCGUCUCUCCGUCUGUGAGCAGCUGAGUGGCGCUUCCUUCUUGACGGCAAGAAGAGUGC